AUGACAACGAAAGAGUACAAGACAGUAUUGGUGGAGAAGAGAGGACGGCAUCACCUGGGUCAUCCUCAACCGUCCGGAAAAGCGGACGCCAUGAGUCCGCAACUCCACUUCGACAUGUAUGACGCGGUGACGGAAUGCGAGGGGGACCCGGAAACCCAGGUCAUGAUCAUUACCGGCGCCGGUAGUAGCUGGUGCGCCGGUCAGGAUCUCAAGGAGUAUUUCCGCGAGGGCGACAAGAAUCAGGCGCUUCGCAGGCAGGCGAGCUGGUGCAGCCAGGAGUGGCGCUGGCGGAAGCUCUUCACCUUCCCCAAGCCCACCAUCGCCAUGGUGAACGGCUUUUGCUUCGGCGGCGCCUUCACUCCGCUGGUGGCCUGUGACUUCGCCAUUGCCUCCGAGGACGCGCUCUUCGGGCUGUCCGAAGUCAACUGGGGCAUCCUGCCCGGCGGUCUCGUGAGCAGGGUGGUCACCGACAUGAUGAGCCUGCGCGACGGUCUGUACCAUGCCAUGACCGGCGAACCGUUCGACGGGAAGAAGGCGUCGGAGAUGAGGCUCGUCAACUAUGCGGUGCCGGCGGACCAGCUCCGUGCGGAAACCGUGAAGCUGGCCAAGAAGCUCAUGGAGAAGAAUCCCUGGGCGCUGCGGGCCACCAAGCAGGCCUACAAGCUGGUGCGCAACAUGGACUACUCCCAGGCCGAGGACUAUCUGGCGGCCAAGGGCGCCCAGAUCAAGUUGCAGGACCGGGAGGACGGCUACGACCAGGGAAUCAAGCAGUUCAUCGACGACAAGACCUACAAGCCCGGUCUGGGUCCCAUGGCCCGGGUCAACAAGGCUUCCUAG